AUGAAACAAAUACAAAUAUUACAGAAAUUAAAAAAAAUGAAUUGUUCAGUUUGUUUGAGUGAAGAUUGUUAACUAUUUACAAGUAAAAAUUGUAAAUGUUUAUUCUGUUAUGAUUGUGUUCUUAAUUGGAUUGAAGAGAAAAUCAAUUUAAAAUAGAAAGUAGAUUCAAUAUCUUGUUUAAACUAUAAAUGCAAAUAAAUAAUUACACUUGAAAACUUUCAAAAAUCAAUAACAAAUAAACAAAUAGAUGAAAAGUAUAUGGAAAUAAUGUUAAAGAAUUAUUUUCAACAAACUCAAGACAUUAGAGCUUGUCCAAAUAAUAAAUGCAAUUAUUAUGCAUUUCUUCCAAAGAAUAGAUGUAAUAAAGAAUUCUCUUGUCAUCAAUGCAGUAAAUAAAUAGUUGAUAUACUUAGAUUUUAUUUGGCUUGAUAAACAAUAUUUGUCAUAUGAUAAAUUAUUUUUAUUAAAAAUCAAAGAUACUAAGAGUGAUAUAUUAUCUUCUGUGUUUGAAUUCAUAUCAACUUAAGAAUGUCCAAAAUGUGAUUCUAAAAUAUUGAAAAAUGGAGGAUGUAGUCAUAUGACGUGUAAAAAAUGUAAUUUUUAUUAUUGUUGGAGAUGUAAUAAUUAAUUAAAUGAUAAAGUCCAUAAUGACUUUAUUUGCUUUAUUAGAAUAUUAGUCUACAUCUCAUUGAUCUUUUUCAAUAUUGCUAAUACAUUUAAUAACUUAGGCUGGCUGUAAUACUUCUUAAUGCUAUUUUUCUAUCCUUUAUAUGGAUUGGGUCUCUCUUUGCUUUAUAAUUCCUAUAUUUUAUCACCUGUUGCUCUUAUAGCUACUUUAGUAUAUACUUUCAAACAAUUACCAAAAAAUAGUGUUAUUAGAAAAAAGAGAUUCAUCAAAUCAUAAAUUAUUUCCUUAAUUGUCUAAACAAUUAUAAUGAUAUUACUAGCCAUAACUACUUAUUAUAAUCUUUUCAAUAUUACACUAUAUCAAGCCUUAAGCUACCAUUACUAUUAAUUUAUUAUUCUUUUCUCAGGGGGAUCUAUUGUGAUAGUCAUAUUACUGUUUAACAAUUUUUUCUAUUAAAAUUGGCUCAAAUUCUUGAUUUGAAUUUAUCAAU